GAUUCCUGCUCAAACUCGAUCACAAGGAGAGAACAACCUCCGCGUGGCUUAGCGUCACACUGAGACUAAAAUGUCUCAUCUGCUGUCCAUCAACAAGUAUUGCUUCGUCUUCCAAAGUAAUAUAGGAGGAUACAUUAUGUUUUGGAAUAAUUCUGCUUAUCACAUCUAAUUGAUCGCGUUAUAUUUCAUCGUUAUAGUUCAUCGUUAUAUUUCAUUUAUUUUCAUACGAGGAGUGGGGAUACUCACGUACAGGUGCUGAAAAUGGCAGCCAGGUACCUGGUGCUCCUUGCCUUGGGGACUGCAGUAAUUGUAACUGUGCAUUGCUGCCCUGAGCAGUGUAGCUGUUCAGAUAAACAUCCUCAUAUACUUGUGGACUGUGCUUACAAAGAACUUCUUCUGGUACCUGUGGGCUUGCCAUCUAACGUGACCACACUUAGCCUCUCGGCAAAUAGAAUCCAAGUGUUAAAAUCAAAAAAUUUUGUAAAUGUGCCCCAGGUUACGUCUCUUUGGCUGGCCCACAAUUCAAUUGUGACCAUUGAGAGAAACACACUGACCCCAAUGUCCCAACUGAGGAAUCUGGAUCUAAGCUAUAAUAAAAUUAUUCAUUUUCCUUGGGAGGAUAUUGCCAACCUCACUGCACUGCAGCUGCUGAAAAUGAACAACAAUGAGAUGGUUAGUCUACCGAAGGAUGUUUUCACUAACCUUAAAGACCUGCGUUCACUCCGCAUCAACAACAACAAGUUUACCACCAUUGUAGAGGGAACUUUCGAUGCUCUCACUUCUGUGUCACACCUUCAGAUUUACAACAAUCCAUUCAGCUGUUCUUGCAAACUGGAAUGGAUGAGAGAAUGGAUCAUUCAAUCUAAAAUUUCCAUCCCAGAGAAGAACAGCAUUUUGUGUGAAGCCCCUGCACAUUUAAAAGGUGUAGAGGUCACAAAAAUGCCAAAACUGGACUGUCAAGCUCCAACUGUUACCAUAACUUACCAGCCCAACAUCGAAAACACAGAAAUAUAUGAGGGGCACAUGGUUGUCUUGAAUUGUGAAACUAAAGGGACACCAAAACCUGAUGUUGAGUGGCACAUUUCUGCAGGAAAUGAGCUAUUAAAAUUCACAUUGCCCUCCAUUGUUGAAAAAAGUGAGAUCUCUAUUAAUGGGGCACCCUCUAAUACUAGGUUUCUCAUUUUUCAAAAUGGCACCCUAAUCAUUCCUCACAUGAGCAAGAAAGAAGAUGGAAACUACAGUUGCUCUGCUACCAAUGACAUAGGCAAAGCUGAUAGUACAGUGAAACUUAUGGCUGCAACCAAAAAACAAGACAUCAACAUGUUUUACCAAAAGGUGGGCAUCAGUUCAUCUGGAAACAAGCCUGGUCCUAAGAGCUCUGAAAACAGUGUGAUUAGUACAUGGCCCAUCUCUAAGGAGAAGAACAAAAUCACGCCAACUGGAACAUCAUCCAUUGGUAUUAAUACUAAGCAAAUUGUUGAAGCAUCUGAUACUUCACCUUUUGCCAGCAAGUGUGGAAUAAGUGAUGGCACACAAUAUAUAUCCAACCACGCGUUUAACAUGAGUUUGGAUGAUCUUAAACAGUACACUUUUGAUUUUGGGGUGAUUGCUCUGGAGGUGUCUGAGACUGAGGCUAAAGUCCAGCUCAAUCCUCUGCAGAUGGCCAAUGCUAAAUCCAACCUUCACCUCAACCAGCCCCAAGACCUGGAAACUGUCAAUAAGGAGCCUUUCAGUCUCUACCAGACAUCAACCAAAAAAUCACCCCUGGACAUGCUGUAUAUUUGUGUUAGCACAGGCAAUGGACAUUCAGUGGUUCAGUGGUCCAAGAUAGAGGAAGGUGUCAAUAGCUAUCGCUUUCAAGGUUUACAGCCAGGCACCAACUAUACCCUGUGUCUCACCUAUGCAGGCCAAGACUGUCAGGUACAAGUGGUCUUCACAACAAGAAAGAAAAUCCCAUCUUUGCUUAUCAUAGUGGUAGUGAGCGUUUUCUUAUUGGCUUUGGCUACAGUACCCCUGCUGGGAGCCACCUGCUGUCAUUUGUUGUACAAGUAUCAAGGCAAGACCUACAAAUUGAUUAUGAAAGCACAGAACCCAGAUCAGAUGGAAAAGCACAUAGCAACAGAUUUUGAUCCGAGAGCGUCUUUCGUGGAAUCGGAAAAAAACUUCAACCCCAGUGAGCUAGGUGAGGGAGACGGCGAAGCAGACGGCGAUGAAGGAGAGGGAGAAGGGGAAGAAGUUGAGGGCAGUGUGGUGACCGAGUCGAUCCCCGAAUCGCAGUGCAAAACUCAGGAAGAAUUCGAAGUGGGCUCCGAGUAUAGUGACAGGUUACCAUUAGGGGCUGAGGCAGUGAAUAUAUCGGAAGAAAUUAACGGCAACUACAAAGAGCCGCGCUAAUAAUCUUUCGGCACAGUGUAUAAAUCAGUAACUCUAACACAUUCCAAACCAGGUAAAUACCGAUUAUGAUAACACGUUGUUAUGCCGUGCAAAAUGUGCAUUACUCAAAUUUACCUCAGUAAUCUUUCAGUAAAUGUAUAUAUUUCAUCUUGCAAAAUGAGGUUCUUGAUUUUUGACAGUUGCGAACAAAGGGUCUGCACUCCAACAAACCUUAAACUGAUUUGUACAUUGAACUAACGCAGAAUUCAUCUCCAGAAAGUCUUAGCAUCCCUCCAUAUAUGUAAGCAAGUGUAGAUUCAUGGUAGGGGUGAAACUGAAAAGCUCCUUAAUUUAGGGCUUUGGGUUAGCUUAACGCUGUGAUCAUCCGUAGUGAUCAUCAGUUGAAAGUUUCAGCCGGAGUGGUUGCUGGAACGCGCCAAUGCACUGACUGUUACUUUACCUGUAGGCAUGCGCGCGUCUACAAAACUAGGUAACGUGUGUAAUGUGCAACUUAUAAUGUGGGACUUAAAAUCUCUUUAAUGAACGGGUGCUUAAAUAUCCUCUCGCCUUUAUUGAAUUGAUUAACCGUGUCCUUCCUCUACUUUAAGAUACAUGUUCGUGGCAUGUCACACAAGUAUUUUCAAAUGUGUUUUACUAGAAAAUAGGUAGAUAUUCUCAAUGUCGAUAUGUGGUGUAAGCCAUUAAACUGAAAAGAUGUUCCCUUUUUUAUAAUCAGUGGUUGGUUCUCACCAUCAGUCUGUGCGCACGAGCCACGGGGGCGUAUAUGGCGGCAUCGAGUGUCUUGUAAAUUUAAGAUUGGUGAUUAGUGUCGAACUGUUCAACAAUGUUGUAAAGAUCUUCAGACUUCACUCAAAGAUUUUGAUAUGAUUUUAUGUACGUGGACUUAAUAAAAUAUUGAAAAUAAA